AUGAAAGAGAAACAGAGAGUAAGAAAAUUUUUUAUGUCAUUAAUACAUUCAGUCAUAAAUGCACCGAAAAAAAUAUCGGAGUGGAUUGGGCUGGGCGUACGUGCACCAAUUUACAUGGAUUUUCAGGCAACAACACCAACUGACCCACGGGUAGUGGAUGCAAUGCUUCCGUACUUUAAAGAGAGAUUUGGGAAUUCACACAGCAGAACACAUUCUUAUGGAUGGAAUGCAGAGAAGGCAGUGGAAAGUGCUCGGAGUAAGAUAGCUUCAUUAGUGCAUGCAGAUCCAAAGGAGAUAAUUUUUACAAGUGGUGCAACAGAAAGCAAUAAUAUAGCAAUAAAAGGAAUUGCGCGGUUUCUUAAGCAGGAUAUGAAUGAAAAGCCACAUAUAAUAACAACCCAGAUAGAGCAUAAAAGUGUUCUAGAUACGUGCAGAGAUUUAGAAGAGGAAGGGUUUGAUGUGACUUAUCUUCCUGUGAAUAAGCACGGCUUGGUGAGUGUGGAUGACUUAAAAAAGGCAAUUACACCGCAAACAGUUCUUGCAAGUAUUAUGGCAGUAAAUAAUGAAAUAGGUACAAUAGCCCCGUUGAAGGAGAUAGGUCAAGUGUGCAAGGAGAACAACGUAUUCUUCCACACAGAUGCAGCACAGGCAGUUGGUAAGAUACCAAUAAAUGUUAAGGAUAUGAACAUAUCACUGAUGAGUAUAUCUGGGCAUAAGAUAUACGGGCCAAUGGGAAUAGGUGCACUGUACGUUACAAGGGACAGGCCCAGACCACGUAUACAGCCAAUAUUCAGUGGGGGUGGACAGGAAAGAGGAAUGCGUAGUGGAACUCUCCCAACGCCAUUAAUUGUAGGGCUAGGAAAGGCUUGUGAAAUAGCUGAAAAAGAAAUGGAGAAGGACACCAAGAAAAUUCAAACACUCUCGAAUCAGUUGCUACAGGGAAUAAUGAAGGAAAUACCAGAUAUAAAGAGGAACGGGGGUGUACACGUAUACCCUGGGUGUGUAAACAUUUCAUUCCCGUAUGUAGAGGGAGAGUCACUGAUUAUGGCCCUCCCCAGUCUAGCAAUAAGCAGUGGAAGUGCAUGUACAUCUGCAUCUCUUGAACCAUCAUAUGUUCUCAAAUCGCUUGGUGUGAAUGACGACUUAGCGCACUCUUCACUGAGAUUUGGAAUCGGCCGGUUUACUACCAAGUCAGAUAUUAAGAAGGUUAUAAAAGAGGUUGUGCAGAAAGUGAAGAAGCUUAGAGAACUUUCUCCUCUUUUUGAAAUGGCCCAGGAGGGAAUUGAUCUGAGCACAAUCAACUGGAAUGCGCAUUAAAUAAAUCACUGGAAGUGCCAGCUGGGAAUAAUUCAAAGUUCAAUAAAUUCAUAUUUUAACGG